ACUAGACUAGUAAACUACGAUUGACUCCAGAGUUACCGAUAGUCUGCUUCUUGUCGAUGUACAGUUGGUUUUCACGAACGUUCUGCCUUUGUGAGGAUUUAUGUUUGCCUAACGGAACAUCCCAUGGUUUUCACUGCUUUGGAGAAGAUUUAAGACAUUGUUUUGAUACUUUUCUUACUACUAUGUUUCCAAACUGCCUGGCAGCCGUCCAGGGACGAGGGCACUGUGGUGAGUUCAGGGGCUAGCCGGUCGACUGCGCCACCUGUAAAGGGUGGCGGCUGCCCUGACUGCUGGGAUGCUACGGAAGAGCAGCAGCAGUAGCAGCACCACCAGCAGCAUCGGUGGAGGCACUGGGACGAAGCAGGUCCAGGAGCUUCCACGACCUGCCUCCAAACCCCAAGAAUCCGUAUCGCCCAGAUCCACCAAGACUUGGACCAUGGGCCGCAACACCAAGAACCCCAACCCUCUGAGCAACAUGGGCCUGCCAACCCGCCUCAUGGGGGCCCCAGGUGUGGAUUCGGACUACUUUCUGCAGCUGGUGAAUGACGUUAGGUGGUUCGCUGAUGUGCUUCUGAACCUCAAGGAUGCUUUCCAACACAAAGACAACCUGGAGGGUCUUCCGGAGUUGGUGCAGGAGCGCUUGGCAGAGCUGCUCCGUGUUCUCAAGACCGUCAUCGGCAAACACCGGACCCUGAACUCGGCAGACAUCCUCGGAGCUGCUGGCACUGUCAUUGCAAAAGUCAAAGGCAUUAACUUCAAGGAAGUGAAUUCAGAAAACAAGCAGGCUAUAUUCAGCGAGAUACACACAUCCAUUGACACUUUGGCAUUCACAUUUGGCAAUGUAGUUUCUGACUUCCUUAUGGGAGAUGAGGACAGCAGCUCAGGGUUGGGGAUCCCCCAGACCAGAAGGAGCAGGUCUUUUGACAACCUCUCUGUGGAUCCUGAGGGCUACGUUCCGGGGAGCAGGGAUCUCGUUGGCCCAGAGGUGUCGCUGUCAAAAGAAGAAGAGGUCGACUUGGCUCUGCAGAAGAAUGAGAGUGGGGUCGAGUCCGCUCUACUCUAUGCAAAGGCCUUGUCAAAGUACAUUAAAGACCUCCUGGGGUGUAUGGAGAAACGGCUGGCCAUGGAUAUUGAGUAUGCCAAAAGCUAUGCCAAAAUGGCUGAGUCUGCAACGACACUCGCCAGUCAGCAGGACUACAUGCCUCUAAGUGACAUCUACGUUUCCACAUUCAAGAACGAGAUUGAAUACAACCAGCUGCUCGUUCAGACAGCGUUGGCUCUCCAAAGCAAUAAAUUUAUUCAGCCUCUUCAGGCUCGCAAGAAUGAACUGGACAAGUUGAGGAAGGACAUUAAGGAACAGUGGCAGAGAGAGCAAAAGAAAAUGCAAGAGGUUGACACAACCUUGCGUAAGGCACGAGCUUUGAACGACCAGAGGAAAGAGGAGUACAGAAAAGCCCAGUCGUCUACAAACCGCUCCCAGGAGGAGCAGUCUAGCACUGGCAACAAACAGUUGGAGAAGAAGAGAAAGCUUGAGGAAGAGGCUAUGCAGAAGGCUGAGGAAGCCCAGUACCAUUUCCAAAGCUGCAGGGCUGACGCAGGCGUCAAACGGAUGGAUCUGGCCAAUACCAAGAGCACAAUCCUCACACAGAUCCGAGAGAUGAUCUUCCAGUGUGACCUCACACUCAAAGCUGUGUCAGUGAACUGGUUUCAGAUGCAGCAGGUGCAGACAGUGUCACUCCCAACCCACUUCCAGGCCCUGAGUGAGAAUGCCAAGUUGUAUGAACCAGGUGGAUGCUACGCUAACUUUGUCCGCAACCUGCCUAGAAACCUUCCUAAAGAGCAUCUUCAGCCAGACUCCUUCUCUGAACAUUUCAGGUCUGGGUUUACCAAAAGGUCACAUGGGAGCACCCAUUCUUCCCAUGGCAACCUGUCGCAGGGCUCCAUCACUUCCUGUGACGUUUUGAGCGGAGACGACGUAGACCACUCUCUUCACCGGCCUUCAAAGAUCAGUGAGCGGAGAUCCAACAGCAGCACAGACAUCCCAGCGCUGAGGAGCCAGGCGCCGCUAAGAGCCUGGACCUCCAACAGCCAGGGCAGCCAGGGCGGGAUGUGCAGCGACUCGGAGAGUGCUGGGGGCAGCAGCGAAUCCAGAUCCAUGGACUCCCCCACCGCUAGCCCAGGUGAUUUCAAACGGCGGCUGCCCAGAACUCCCUCCACUGGGACCAUGUCUUCAGCUGACGAUCUGGAUGACAGGGAGCCUCUCUCUCCUUUUGACAACGGUCUGGUAGAGAUGGUGACAGAGACUUUAGGUUCUCCUGGUCCUUUCCGAAAUACUCAGAUGUCAAAAGCUGCUCAGACACAUAAGCUAAGAAAACUACGAGCCCCAUCCAAGUGCAGAGAGUGUGACAGCCUGGUUGUUUUUCAUGGAGCCGAAUGUGAAGAGUGUUCCUUGGCAUGCCAUAAGAAAUGCUUGGAGACACUCCCUAUCCAGUGUGGUCACAAAAAGCUGCAGGGCAGGCUGCAGCUGUUCGGUAUCGACUUUGCCCAAGCAGCGAAGAACUGUCCGGAUGGAAUCCCCUUUAUAAUCAAAAAAUGCACCACCGAGAUCGAAAGCAGAGCCCUCAACAUCAAGGGCAUUUAUCGUGUGAAUGGGGCCAAAUCCAGAGUGGAGAAGCUCUGUCAGGCGUUUGAAAACGGGAAGGACUUGGUUGAACUGUCUGAACUGUCACCUCACGACAUCAGCAACGUCCUCAAACUCUACCUAAGACAGUUGCCAGAGCCACUGAUCCAGUAUCGGUUCUAUAACAACCUUAUUGGCUUGGCCAAAGAGUGUCAGCGAGCGAUAGCAGAAGAAGCUGAUAAACCUCCGAGUUCCCAGGCGGGAGAGAAAGGAGCACCAAGCGCCCAGAUGAGCAGAGUCCUUUUGAAGAUCAAAGAUCUGCUGCGUCAGCUGCCCACAGCCAACUACAGGACUCUGCGUUACCUUGUCACGCAUCUGAACAGAGUGAGUAAACAGGCCGACGAGAACAAGAUGAAUGCAAGUAACCUGGGGAUUAUCUUCGGACCCACUCUGGUAAAACCAAGACAGAUCGACGCAGAGGUGUCUCUCUCCUCUCUGGUGGAUUAUCCAUGCCAGGCUCUGAUGGUGGAGAUGAUGGUGAGACACUUUCACAUGAUCUUUGAUGCACCUACUCCAUCUGGCUCCGAAAUCACCACCAGCAGCAGCAGUGCACAAGCGUCUCCCAGACUGACCCCACAGGAGAAGGUGCGCCAGCUAAGCAGACACUCUACCUCGCUAACGGACAUCAAGGAGAGUGCCAAAAUAUACAAGAGAUACUCCUCGGUAAUCCCAACAUCCCACAUCCUGGGUGAGGUGCAGGAGGUCCAGGCUGGGAAAGACCAAUCGGAUUCUUCAGCCACAGAGAAGCUCAACGGGUUGCACACGUCGAGCGGACGCGAGGUCCAGAGAUCAACCUUGGCGCUUAACCGCCCCAGCUCCUCGCUCCCCUACCACACAAACACCUUGCCAACGAAGGUCCAGCUGCGUAACCAGGUCGGUCGGCCCGUUUCUCGACCGAUCAGCAUGCCGCUGGAACGCCUGCCGACACCGGCACAGAUUCUGGAGAGGAAUAACCGGAACAAAACGGAUGUGGUCGAUGGAAGCUCCGCUCAGAGGGACACAGAAACGAUUCAGGAGAUCCCGGAGCCCGAGAGGGCUCGACAGAGUGGCUCAUCCAGAAUAAGCACCUAUUACAUUACACCGUUUAUCGACACUCAGACGAUGCAGAGAAGGACAUGGGAUAAGAAGUACAAGCACUAUGACAUGACAUCCAGAACUGCCAUGAUAGUCGCCAAUCUGCCGCCCACCAGCUCCGGGUUGCAGCCGGUGAAGGCCACGCUGCCCAUCACGGUUGGUGCUGCUGCAACCGCGGCCUCUGUGGUUACGGCCACUAGCACCGUGAGCACCGUGUUCUCCAGCAGCCCCAGCAUGCUGUCAGUUAAGUCUGUGUGGAGCUCCAAAAGAGAAAAAGAUGCAGAGUCCUCUGCCAGCAGCUCGCCAAACGUUUCACUAACACUCAGGGCUCCACGGACUCUACAGCCCCCACCGGGAACCUUCUACAUCCCCCCGGUUUCCAGUAGCAGCAGAUCCAGGACACUUUCCAGCUGGACUACAACCACAGCCACCAGCACGUCGCUCACUUCUACCAACACUUCCCCAGCAGCCUCCCCUUCCACAACCCCAGUAAAAACACUUCACCAGACUCAGGACUCCACAGACAGCGCCAUUGACCCCGGGGUCUCGGCCUCCCCCACUCUUUCUCCCCCCCAGUCUCCCUCUCCAAGCAGCCCUGAUGACCUCAGCCCCACCGGGACCAAACCCAUCUACCAAAGACUCCGACUGCUGCAGGAGAACGAACACAGGGAGGCUCAUUUUGUCUGAAAAAAGAAAAAAAAAAAAAAGAACCAAAAUUUAUAUUUGUAAAUAUUAAUAUGUCUGUGGUGAAUGGGAGAACAUGUAGGCAAGUAAAAAUAAACCAUGAAAGUGUUCAAAGUACUAAUAUAUUCCUUUUUACGUGUUAAAGACAGAACCAACAGCAGUUGGUCAAAGGAAGCAAAACAAAUACUUAGACUUUGGUGCCAACAAUGUUUACUGUCUGCUAUAUUUUUUAAACAGUAUAUUUGCCAAAAAGAAGUUAUUUCCUGUUAGCUGUAAGUCAGUCGGUUUCCUUGUUCAGUGUUAAUCUGUUACAUAAAUGACACUUUACAUGUCGCACUUCCAGGCUUAAAUGCUGAUGUCUCUUUAAUUUUUUAAAUUUAAAUAUGUACUGAAUUUCACAUUACAGGGAACAAUUGGAAUAUUUUCAAUGCAAUUUUCUUAAUAUAAUUGAAAAUAAUUCCCUUUUUUAACUGAAUGUGUCCUGAGUGGCCUGUGAUUGGUACAUCUUCUCUCAGUAUGUAAGCCUUACAGUACAUAUGUGUAAAUGUUUAUAUAUUCAUGCAACAGUUCUUGCUGCAAAUUAAAACAAAAGUUAUUUUAAACUUA